AGACGGCCUGUGUUUAUUCAAUUCUGAACCAAUCCACUGACGAGUCAACCGAUUACCAUUCGCUCUAACCAAGUAGUCCAUCAUGCGGCAAGUUUCUGUUGGCAUUCUGAGCAUCGGCGACAUGGGCAUGGGAGUCGCCAAGCUCCUCAAGGCCCAUGGGUAUCGUGUGCUUACCGUGGGGGAGGGCCGAAGCGAGGAGACACUCGCUCGGAUCCGGGCUGCAGCUAUUGAGUCGCUCGCUUCAGACCAAGAACUCGUCAUCCAGUCCGACUACAUUUUAUCGAUCGUGCCGCCUCGAGAUGCACUGGCGACCGCCCGCCGGGUGGCCGAGGCGUACAGAUUACCGGACACUGUGACCCGACGGGAGGAGCUUGAGGAUGUCGACGGCCUCCAGACGAGAGGGAGACUGGUUUACCUGGACCUGAAUGCCACUCCAGCCCGGUCAGCGAGCGAAGUCGAGGCUCUGUUCACGACGAGCCACAGCGACGACGACGACACAAAGGACACCACGUCAGAGCCACUAUGUUCUUUUCUCGACGGGGGGAUUAUCGGCGGCCCACCGUCUCAAGACCCGCAGAACGGGCUGUGGAAGAAGCCCAGUGUAGUGGUCUCGGGCGCGGUCGCACUACUGCCGGCAACAUUCACCCCGUUGUGCGAGACGUUGAACAUGAAGCUGGUCUCGCCCCGCGUUGGGGCAGCCUCGACACUCAAGCUCUCCUUUGCCGCCCUGACCAAGGGCCUGACGGCGCUCUCGCUGCUCUCCUUUGCGACCGCCCAGCAGGAGGAGCUGCUGCCGGAGCUGCUCGAGCACCUACGGGAGUACUCGCCGCACACCGCGGCGCUAGCGACCCGUGGAGUGAGCUCGAUGGCCCCCAAGGCAUACCGCUGGGUCGAGGAGAUGCGAGGCAUCGGCGAGGCCCUCGAUGCUGAAGGCCACUGGGGCGGUCUGGGAGGCAGCGUCUAUAACAGCUUUGCGGAGGUCUACCGUACCAUCGCGGAGGAGACGAUUCUGGGGCAGGAGAGGGUGGGCAGCCGGCAACGAGGAACCUCGGCAGACGACGUGGCCCAGAUCCUGGCAGACAAACUCCGUCAGAGCGGUCGGGACCAGUGAUCGAGUAUUCCUUCCCCUUUGGUGUCUCUAUUUACCGAGUGUACUAAGUACUUAGUUACUAACUACCUCCUGUUAGUUAAGUACUACAUAGUUACUUAGUACUACGGAGUAAGUGCUCCGUACUGUUCUACGACCAACGGAGAACUCCGUAAUAAUAGUUGGUUACCUACUAACCAACUAGUAACCAGUUAUUGGAC